UUACACGCAUUAUAUUUGUAUCAUUGGUACAUCGAUGUUGUAAUAACUGUAAACAAUUAAACUCUAUAGCAGUACCUACCUAAGUACUAUUUGUGCUGUCCACAAAGAUCACACCGCACACAAGGUGAGCCGUGUGUCGCCAUUAAAAUUUGACUCGUUGGACAAAGUAUAAUAUUUUUUUUUACAUCGAGAAUGAAAAUUCAAGAAAACGCUGUGCCACUUCCCAAAUAAAUUACCUUCCUUAAGUAAUUUCAAUAUUUUUUAAAGACGGAAAUAAAGCUCAAUAAUAAAAACUGGAAAAUAAGCAUAUUAGUAAUACAACUGAGGCCAGCUCAGAAGGGAUAUUAAAUAAUUGUUCCGAGACAAAUAUAUCCCAUGCAAAAAUGAAUACUGUUUUCACUGAAAAAGUUUUUGAUUCUCUUGUAAAUAAUAUCAAAAAAGAAAAUGUUUCACUUUCAUAUAAUGAAUCAAGUGAUUCAGAAGAUUCUAACAGUAUAUCUUGUAAGUCUAUUUAUAACAAAAAUAAAAAACAACAACGAGAUGAUAUGUGUCAAUUAGCCUCUACAUCUUAUGAAAAAGAUGUCAAUGUUUCUGAAUCAAAUUCGGAGGAACUAACAGAUACAAACUUAGUUAAUGGUAAAAUUGUAAGUAUGCAUACAAGUUAUCCGUCAACUGCAUUGCCAAUAAUGAAAAUAUUGUCACGAAAAUCAGGACCACAUUCUUGCCUUGAAUGCUGUUUUAGGUGUAAAAACAAGUUUCGUUUGCUUGACACUCCUUUACAUAUAUGUCAAAUACGAAGUAUUGAAAAGCAAAAUGAAAUUAUUAAAAUUGAACCCUCAUUAUCUGCUGAUUCAUGUCUUUGUCAUUUUUGCUGGAUAACCCUGGAAAAAUCUUACAAGUAUAAUAAAUCUAAAAAUAUAAAAGAAGAAUCAUUUUCAGAAAAAAAAUAUAGAUUGUUAGAACGUUAUGUGAAAAAAAAUGUAUUAAAAAAAAAAAAACAGACAUGUUCAAUAUAUUUAUGCUCUCGAUCUUAUUAUCGUAAAAUGUCUGUAAAUGAGUGUGAAAAUAUUAAAGAAUUGUUUUUAACAUUUGAGUCUUGUCGUUUAGUUUUCAAUCAAUUUUCAAAACAAACUACAGACUUCUUGAAAUUUCCCUUUCGUCUUUGUAAAAUUCAUAAUGUUAUGAUCUUGGUAAUGUCAACAUGUCAAAUCUGUGGUGACAAACUAAAUGCACCAUUUGACACUGAUGACUGGUUGAUGCACGAAAUGUGGAAUUGUGUAUUGAUUGAAAAUAAACUUCCUUUAGUACUAAAACCAGGUAUGUUCAUAUGUGCGACUUGUAAAAGACAUGUUUCUAAAACAAAUCCUGAUUUCUCAACUAUUGACUUUCCACGUUUACGGGAAUAUAUCCUUAAGAGCAAUGCAACUCGUUUAAUAUUAUACGGAGAAUCCCAGGAUAACUUGUUCAAUAUAUGUCAAGGAUCAACAGAUGUGGCAUAUCCCAUUGUUGUUGCUAAACUUAAAGGAGAAAAAAAAUGUGUUCGUUCAACAAAAGUUACGUUUUCUGAUCCUUUAAUAACUACAAAUUAUAAUUUUGAAAUUGGCGAUUAUGAAAAUGAUAUAGAAUCAAUAACAAGCACUGCAUUAUUAAAUGUAGCUGAACAAAAUUUGUGUACACCUAAAUCACAACCAAAAGAUGAAGAACCUGAUUUUGUAUCAGUAGAACCACCUAAUGCGAUAGUUAAUCCUGUUUAAUUAAAGAAAAAUCAAAACAAUGUUAAAUGCGGUGCAGUUUUUAAUAAAGAUGUGAAGAAACAAAGACUGAAUGAAAAACACAGUUCCUAUGCAAAUAAUAUUGUUCAUCCAAGUAAAAAUACACCAAUACUUUGAAUAAGACUUCCAAUUUUGACGACCAUGAAAAUAGACUAAACAUUACUAAAACAUCUUACAACGGCAAUUAUAAAGUAAGAAAGAAAUAGAUCAAUUGUAUAUUUAAUAUAUAAUAAUUAUAGG